AUGAAAUACUGUACUUACUGUAAAGAAUAUAAGAAUAGUUACGCUGACUGUUCUUGGUUUAUAAGGUUUUUAAAUGGAUUUGAUAAGAAUCCCUCAAAAUGCGCAAUAUGUAAAAACGAGACACUUAUUCCUUCUACAAAUGUUAUAAAAGACGAAUAUCCCUCUUUCAGUAAUUUCUGCUCUUAUUGCGGUAAAGAUUCUUUAAUCGAAAGUUCAGUUAUCGCUGUAGGCAACAAAUUAGGACUUGCCAAAUACCAUCCGAUUUUAUUGGAGCUUCAAUCAAAAAUAAAUGAAUGGAAAAUAAAUUCUCUAACUCAAGAAGAAUAUGAUUUACAUACCGAUGAUUAUGCCAAUUGUAUUAAAAAAGCAUAUAAUAAAAAUAUUACUCAAAAAUAUAUUAAAGAAUAUUUAGUCAAACAGGCUACAGAGUAUAAGGAAUAUGAUUAUUAUCAUCUUAGUAUUUAA